AUGCAUCCUUAUAACAACACUUCUUUUGCUAGACACGCUGCUAAAACAGCUCUUGCAAACAAUCAAAACGCUAUAAACAUCAAUAACAACAACAUCAAACAUACAAGACAACCACCAGCUAUCCCUAUUCAUAAUCAACAAGUUCAACAAGUUCAACAACAUCAACAAGGUGAAGAAAUUGAUAAAAUUGUAGAAUCUGUUACAAAUGCUACUAAAAGAUUAUCUCAAAUAUCAACAAAUACAAAUAAUUCGAAAAGAAAAUCUAAAAAUCAUGUUGGUCCUUGGAAAUUAGGUAGAACUUUAGGGAGAGGUUCAACUGGUCGUGUUAGAUUAGCAAAACAUUCAGAAUCUGGUCAAUUAGCCGCUGUGAAAAUUGUACCAAAAUCAAAAUUUCAAUCUGAUAAUAACAGUACCACUAGUAAUAGUCCUUAUGGUAUUGAAAGAGAAAUCAUUAUAAUGAAAUUAAUCUCUCAUGAAAAUAUAAUGGCUUUAUAUGAUGUUUGGGAAAAUAAAGGUGAAUUAUAUCUUGUUUUAGAAUAUGUUGAAGGUGGUGAAUUAUUUGAUUAUUUAAUUAAAAAAGGUAGAUUACAAGAAAAAGAAGCUAUUCAUUAUUUUAAACAAAUUAUUAAUGGUGUUAAUUAUUGUCAUCAAUUUAAUAUUUGUCAUCGUGAUUUAAAACCUGAAAAUUUAUUAUUAGAUAAAAAUUUAAAUAUUAAAAUUGCAGAUUUUGGUAUGGCUGCCCUUGAAAUUAAUUCCAAAUUAUUAGAAACAAGUUGUGGAUCUCCUCAUUAUGCUUCACCAGAAAUUGUUACGGGGAAAAAUUAUCAUGGUUCUCCAAGUGAUGUUUGGUCUUGUGGUAUUAUUUUAUUUGCUUUAUUAACUGGUCAUUUACCAUUUGAUGAUGAAAAUAUUAGAAAAUUAUUAAUUAAAGUUCAAAAUGGGAAAUUUAUAAUGCCAAAUUAUCUAAGUAAAGAUGCUAAAGAUUUAAUUUGGAAAAUGUUGAAAAUUAAUCCAAAUGAUCGUAUAAAUAUUAAAGAUAUUUUAAAUCAUCCUUUAUUAACUAAAUAUAAUGAAUCUCCAACCAUUUCAAAUUCCACCAAGACAAAUUCGAUUAAUGAUUAUUAUUCUAAAAUUGAUAAAUUAUCAUUAACUGAAGAUGAUAUUGAUUCUGAUAUCUUGAAAAGUUUAUCAAUUUUAUUCCAUGGUGCAACUCAAUCUUUAUUAAUUUCAAAAUUAUUAGAAUCAAAUUCAAAUCCAGAAAAAAUUUUUUAUUAUUUAUUAAAUGAUUAUAAAAUUAAACAUCAAAUUAAAGAUCAACAAAAUUCAAAAAUUGAAAUUUUACAUAAAAAUUCCAAAAAAAAAAUUGGUAAUGGUGAUGGCCUUUUGAAAAAAUCCAAGAGUUUAAUUAAAACUACAAUUACAAAUGAAGAUGGUUCUCAAACUAUUAAUUAUAAACAAGAACCAAUAUCACGUCCAAUUACUCAAGUUCCAAAAUUACCAAUCUCACAAGAUCAAAGAAAUUCUUCAUCAACAACUACAUCUUCAACAGUUUUCGGUAUAACUUCAAAUAAUGGUAGAUCAAAUUCAAUUAAACAACAAACUAUACCAAAUUCUUCAUCUCAAAAAUCUACAAUUUCUAAAACCAAGAAAAGAAUUUCUAAAAAUCAAAUGGGUCAAUUUGAAAUCCCUGUUUCAAAUUCUUAUCGUCGUGGUGUUUCAUUUAAUAAUAAAGAUAACAUUCAAGGAAUUUCAAGAUCUUCAUCAAAAAAAUCAUUUACAAGUAUUAAUGAAAAAUUAAAGAAAAAUAUAAGUUUAUUACCUCCAUUACCUGAUGUUGGUAUUGAUUGGUUAGAUGAAAAUAGUAAAGAAGGUAAAGAUGAAUUAGCUUUACUUUGUGAAGAAAUUUUCAAUUAUAAAGAUCAAAAUAGUUCUUUAUUUAAUUUAUCACCAAAUAAGAAAAGAGUUUCUCCAAGAAAAAAUUUAGGCUCUUCACCUGUUAAAGCUCCAAGAACUUUAAAUCCAAAAAGGGAAGUUGAUAAUUUGUUAUCAAAACAAGAUACUGUUAUUAUUAAGAAGGAAUUUAAAGAAGAACCAAAAAUUCCAAAAGACGAAAUUUCUCAAAGUUAUUCACAAAUUUCUUCAUCAACAAUAACACCAACAAAAUUGAAAAAAGAAGAAGAUAAAUUACAUAUUCCACGUCAAAAUAAUUUUGAAGUAAAUAAUUCUUCAAUGAUUUCAACAGGAACUACCAAGAGAUAUUCAUCUGAACCUUUAAGAACUUUAAAACCAAAAUUAUCAACAUUAGAUCCAAAAUAUAAAAAAAGAGGUAUAAGUAAUGAUAAUGCUCAAAUUUUAGGGAAAUUUGGUGUUAAAUUAAAUAAUCAAAGAAAUUCCAAGAUUUAUUAUUCAAAAUCUUCAACUUCAAUUAAUUUAUCUGCAAUUUUAAAAAAUGAAUUUCAAUCAAAUGAUUCAAAACCAAAUUUACCAAAAAUUAAAAAUGAAGAAUUUGUUAAUACUUCAGAUUUUAGAAUUUCUUCAUCAAAUUAUAAUUCUGAAAUUGAUGAUUCUUUUGAUACUAUAAAUCAAACACCAAGUCAAUUUAUUGAAACUCAUUAUGAAGAUGAUGAAGAAGAAGAAGAAGAAGGUGAACAAUCUUUUGAUUUUGAAGUCCCAACAAAAACUGAAAUUGCUACAGCUAUUCAAUUUUCAAAUGGUUCAAAUUUAACUGUUCAAAGAAAUAAUUAUGAAGAUUCUACUGAAACUCAAGAAGAUAAUAAUAAUUAUCCAUAUAAUUCAAAUUAUUCAAAUUCAAUCUUGGAUUCUCAUUCAUUUAUAAAUAAAAACAUUAAAAGAGAAAGUAUGUUUGAAGAUGUUGAAUCAUCAAUCUUACCAAAUAAUGAAAAUUUUUUAGAAUUAUCAAAUUCAAAAUCUUCAGUUAUUAAACAUCACAAAAGAGCAAUUUCUUCAAAAGAUGAUGAUUUCCAAGAUUUAUUACAAAAUCAAGAAUAUCAAUCUCAAACAAAUGAUUAUAGAGGUAGUCUUUAUCAAAAUUCAAAUAAUACAAAAGAUGAAAAUUUACCAAUUAUUGGAAGAUUAUCAAAAAUUUAUAAAAAUAAAAAACAUUCAAUCUUGGAACAAGAUGAAUUUAAAGAUGAAACUAAUAGUACCAUAUUAGAUAAUUCUAUAUUUGCAGAUGAUACAAUUGAUGAAACUGAUGUUAAACAAGUGAAUAAUAAUAAUGCAAGAGUUACAACUAUAUUUGAUGAUGAUACUGAUCAAGAUCAUGAACAUGAUCAAGGUCUUGGUAUAACUCAACAAGAAAAUAAUAGUUAUGAAACUGUUGGUGUUUCUUCUGUUGUUUAUUCACCUGGUAAACAAAAUGAUGGUUUAAAUAAACGUCAAAAUUCUCAAUUGAAAAGAUCUCCAUUAAGAGCUAUGAAUGGUGGUACUCUUAGAACAAGUAUUGUUUCACCAAAAAUUGAAUCAAAAGAAUUUAAAGAUUUAGAUCCAAAAAGAGAUGCACCAAAAUUACCAUUAAAGGAUGAUAAUAAUAAUAAUAAUCAAGAACCUAAGAAAAUUAAUUGGUUUACUAAACUUUUCAAUAAUUUAUUAUCAAAUAAUCAUACAACAUCAACAACAACAACACCAAAGAGAGUUAAUCCAAAAAAUAUAAAAAUUUUCAAAUCACCAAUACCAAUGAUUGAAAUUAAAAAAGCUAUUAAAUUAAUCAUCCAAAUAAGGAUUAGAGAAGGUACACUUUCCUUAUUAUCAGAAACAUCAGAUAAAUUAAUAGCAAGAACAAUAGCAUCAUCAUCAUUAUCAAAAUCACUUAAAUUUGAAAUUUUUUUCAAUGAACAAUUACAAGAAAUUCAAAUUUUUAAAAUUAAUGGUUCAUUAAAAUUAUUCAAGAAAUUGAUUGAUGCAAUGGAAUUUAUUAUUGAUAAUGAGAUUAAACAAUUUAAUCAACAGUUUAAAAAUCAUGAACAAGAGGGGAUUAAUGGUGGGAAUAUAUUUAGAUCUGAGAUUCAAGUAUAA